UUCACAUGCUGUGAAAAAUACAAGAAAAAUAAACGGUAAAAAAUGGUGAUAAUUUGGCCAGAAUUCUGCAUCAGUAUGUUUGUUCUCUUAAAAAAAAACAUUUCUACAUACACAGCUACAGAAAUGAAACAUCGAAAAAAUACAUGUCAAGUUAUGAAAUCCUUGUUCUUGAGAAUGAGGGAAAGAGCAGAACUUCUACUGACAUUUUGCUGAUGUAUCAGAAUUUUAAUAUAAGUUUUGGCAUCCACACAUUUACAUUUAAUCAUGUAGCAGAGGCUUUUAUCCAAAGCGACGUACAAAUGAGCUAAACAAUGGAAGCAAGGGUCACAUCAGGAUGCAUAUUUCUUACUGAAUGUGUUUGCUUAAAUAUCUGAGAAUAGUUUAUAAAUGUGCAAACAUUCAAUUAUUUUCUUACCAAGCCAAUAUUUUGCUUAAAAAUAAAAAUGCUUUUAAAUAGAUCAUUUGUACUAAAUAAUAAAGAAAAAUAUGUCAAUAAGAGAUCAGAAUAGAUGUGAAGUCCUUCAAUGCUGUUUAACAAUCACCUCAAGGUGAGACCUCCAGAAACUGCUUGAGAAAGUGACAAGAGAACAGUAAAGAUGAUGAAAUAUGUGACAACAUACAGUUACAUUUGUGUUAUUCUAGAGCUUUAAUGAGUUUAGUUAUUCUCAAAUGUGGAAAAUAAUAAAGAAUGAAUACAGUAUGUAUUCAUUCUGAAACAUGUGAAGAGUCAUUCUGAUUUCAGCAGUUCUCUGUAAAUGAUCUUUCAUUUAUUUAAUAUCCCUUAGUUCUGACUUUUAUCAAUAAUAGCUGCUUUAUCAAUCUAAAAAUGAUUUACUAAUAAUCAAAGACUAAUAAUAAUAUUUACAAUGCCUGAGUUCUAGACCCGAAUUUAAACAGUACAAUGACAUAAUACUGAGUGUAUUUAUUUUUUUCACAACCGUUGAAUUUAAUUGGAAGUGCAGACUUUGUACAUACAGUAUAUAAAAUGACACAGAUACUUACUAAAAAAGUUAUGGUAACAAUAUUACACAAAACAUUUUUAAGUACUUUAAAGUUGACUUUUAAUGCAAUAUUCAUGAUUAAUUCAAGUAAAAUGACCAAAAUUAUGUAAACACAUGUCAGAUGAUAAACUUAAAAAAUAUCAAGAAGAAAUACUUAUUUGAGCAUUGGAGUUAACUUCUGGAUCUCUUUUAACUUCAGUUUAACAUUCAUUAUUGUUCACAACAUAUAUGAUGUACAAGUAAGCUGCGAGUUGUCUCAGUACUGGCAUUAGCAGCAUGACUGUUCACUGAGUGAAAACACACAUCAUGAGCUCUCCCAUCACCUAAGCACAAGCACCGCUCUUCUGGACGAUGGUCACCACGGAACUCAAGAAUACAAACAGAAUCUCUGCUAAAUCUAAUGCACAUAAAAAAGCACUUUUUCACAAAAAUGACUCUCCUAAUGCUGUCGCAUGCAAAGCAUGCUGGGAACUCUAAAUUCCCUGCUCAGUUAGUGAAAUGAACUAAAAGAAUUAAUGUAGUCCCACCACAAAAUAAUUAAGUAAAGAUCCUUUUUACAAGUUUAAGUGGGUCGAACAUGAUAAAAUUAAGUUGAAUUCACUCAAUCAUUUGUGCAUUUGGAAUUCCUAGAUUUUUUCUAUCAUUUUAACUUAAAUUUUGUUUAAAAAACAAGAACACAAUUGUAUUAAGUAAAGUUUACUCAAUGAAUUUCAUGAAAUGUACGACGACACAGAAUGAUCUUACAGUGUUGGGUUCAGCUGAUGUUUCUCAGCUCUUGUUUCAGAUUUCUUGUGGAACGCUUGUGGGUUCUCAGACCUUCAUCUGCAUCCCACACAAAACUGAGACAAGUAUUUGCAACUCUACCUGCAAUGAUUUUAAAGUCACAGUUGAGUUUACAUUUAAGAUGCAAUGUCAUUUGACAAGUCAAAGAAGCUGAACGACAAGAACAAACAGUGAAAUGUAGACAUUUAUUGGUACACAAGCAUUUCUUCUAAAUGUAAGUUGCAAUGUGUAUAUUUCCUACAUGUUUAAAUAUUCUUGAGCAACAAAAAAUACUUUCUACACAGAAUGUUUAAACACUUGGUUGUCAUCUUGGAAACGACAUCAAAUAAUGCUUCAUAUAAGCAUCUAUCCUGACUUUCAGAUGUCCUACGUUGAGCUGCCUUCCAGAUAUUUCUGGUUCUCAGUUAUUUAAUUCAUAUUUUACAUAAAUUCUAUUCUUUCUCCAAACCCGCUUGUCCCGUGCAGGUCACGAGAGGGCUGCAGGAGACACGUACUGUAUAUGGCCAGUCCAUUACAUUAUGUAGAGUAUAUUAAACAUCUAACAUAAUCUAUUAUAUAAAGCAUGUCAUUUAAUCUUCAAAAAUGUCAAUAAAAUGAAUUAACAAGUGAAACACAAGGACCUCCUGAAAGUGUUGAUCCUCAAGGAUGGACGGACACGUUUACAUUCUCAAAAUGUACAAGCUACAGCUGACUGAGUUUUAUAACACUUCAUGAGGACUUCACCAGGUUUUCUAAACAAGGUUUCCUCUCAGCUCAUUCAGGUUACAAUAAAACACACGCAACACCUUGAGUAAAUAAGAACCGUGCUGCUGUUUUAGACAGUGACCUGUAAUUGUCAUGGGAAUGAGCCGUGUGUUUGUGAUAAGGUGUUGUAUAUAAGAUGAUAGUUGUGUCGGUACAGACUCACACAGACAUGAUGACUUCUCUUCUGUUCUCUCUCCUGCUGCUCGCUCCGGCACACGGCUGGCUGUCUUUAGAGGACUGGGGCUCGGGCAGUGUGCAAGGAACCAUCGGAGACUUCGGACAGUGUGUUUGUAAUGUUUUUCUUCCGGAUACGUCAUUCCCAGCAGACCGCGUGGAGCACAUGCAGACGUCCUCAACUGAUCUGGCUGUGGAAAUCAAGCUCCAAAUCAACAAGGUCACCAGCAUCACAGGUCAACUGGUGGUUCUUCUGAGCGAGCUCACUAACCUCACCGCCCGGCUAGAGAUUCUGCAGAGCGGACCUGACAAAUACAUCAAACUGGAGUUCGAGCUUCUCCGAAUCGAACUGAGGGAUUUUGAGGCUCUGGUCACCCAACUGAAAACAUCUCUGAAUAUCUCCUCGCCGGCCAUCGAGGAACUCUUCAUCGAGAUCCACAACAUGAGCUCAAUCGUCGACCAACUGGAAAGCUACGACCGGAGGAACCUGGAGGUGAUCCGCAUCGAGUUUGCCAAACUUCAGAAGAAACUGGAGAAAUGUCAGGACGACAGAGAGGAGAUCUCCAACUCACCCAUAGGGUCCUGUACGCAUGGAGGUAUUCUGAAGUUUGGAAAGCCGGUCAUCAGUCAGCUGAACGCCAAUCUGAACGCAGGGUUCAAGUACGGAGGCUGGGGCAAAGACUCCAUCCCUCUGCCCGGAUCGGAGGAGAUGUACUGGUACGCCGGUUCUUCAGAUCUUCUGCUCAGCAGAAUCUCACUUUACGCCGACUAUUAUAAACUCAUCAUGAGACAAGCCCUCGGCACGCACGAGCUUUACGCCGCUAACAGAUACGACUAUAGAGGCAGCGGAAAUAAUUACAUCGUGCGAUCAAACGCUCUUUAUUACCAAUACAACAAUCCCUUCAGAAUGGCCAAAUACAACCUGACCAGCUCCACCGUCCAGACCAAAGUGGUUCCGGAAGCGACCAACAGAUUCUCGUACCAUUACUCCUCCAAUCAGAACCUGGACUUUGCAGCGGACGAGUCUGGACUGUGGGUGACUUACGCCACAGAAGCUUCCAAUGGUAAACUGGUGUUGGGGAAGAUCGAUGAAGACUCAUUUGAGGUCCAGCGGGUUUGGCACACCAGCAUUUUCAAACAGUCCGUCACAAAUGCCUUCAUGAUCUGCGGGGUUCUGUACGCCACUCGAUCAGUAGAUACUCAGACGGAGGAGGUUUUUUACACGUAUGAUACGAACACCAGCGAGGAGAGUUAUGUUAGUAUUCAGUUUGAGAAGUUUCAGGAUUUAUAUGUUUAUCUGGACUACAAUCCUGCAGAUCAGAAACUUUACAUGUACAACAACGGUUACUAUGUGUAUUACAAUGUGAAGUUCAGGGAUGCUUAGAGAGAAUCUCCUGCUUUUAUGACAUUGUAAUGCUUCCAUCUGAGGACAUGUAAUAUCUCAAAGAGAAAAUAAAUGACAAUAAAUUGUAC